AUGUCCGUUCAAAAAGGAAUCAAAGCAGCCUCCGAAUACGUGAAAGAAGCCAUCGCAACAACCGAGAAAUUCAAUAAGAAGGGAGCAAAUUUGUUUGAUUUGCUUUCAAGAACACCAAAGAAUGGAGUGGAUAGUUGCUAUAAACGUAAAAAUUGGAGAUUUGAUACUUAUUAUAAAAUUACCAAAGUGAUUUUGAGUGCUGAUGGUAAACAUGGUACUGCUUGGGGCAUUCAUUAUUAUCAUGGCAAAGCAAGAUCUGAAACACACGAAAAGAUUCACGGAGCCUUGAAAAAGGAUUUAUGGAAACAUAUUCCACAAGAAAAACUUCAACAAUAUGCCAUCUCUAGGGAAGUUCACGAAUAUGACCAGUGGAUUCUUGAAAAUGCCAUGAAACAAAACGAAGAAGCUGUGAAGAAUGUUGCUCAACAAUAA